ACAUCUCAGGGCGGCGGUGCGUAGAUGCUAUGCGCGCGCGGGUCGAAUACCAAGGACCACGUCGCAAACAUGGCUGAAGCAGGGAAAGAUGUAAGGCGACAGUACGACGAACUCGCUUUUGAUAACUUUUUCCAGCGUUUCAGUCUUGUAGACCUAAAAGAUUUGUUUAUCGAAAAUGGUUUCAGAACAUGCAGAAGUUUGAUGAUUGUCACCGAUGAUGAUUUGAAAGAGAUCGGCAUUGCAUCCCUGGGACUGAGAAAAGAAGUCCUCGGGGCGGUCGAAGAAUGGAGGAAGCCCUUGCUACAAAGAACAGGCAGUUCAGCCCCAGACAGAAACCAAAAAACAACACCGAUAACAACAUCGCAGGCUCAGUCACCCAGUCUCACUCAGCACACAAGCAGGUCCCCGCCAGACUCUAAAGAAAGACUGCCAUUGCAAAGUCCGAGCCCAGGACAGUUUGUGUCACCCGUCAUUGCUAGAGUUAGAGAAUCCCCUGGCCAAGGAAGCCCGUCUUUUGUUGUUGCAUCAAGCCCAUCCAGCCCUGGAGCAGAAAGAUUUCACAGAAUCAAAAGGAAUGAGUCAUGUCCUUAUCCAGAGUGUACUUGGGCAGGGCUCUCUACCCAUUUCCAUUGUCUUAUUUGUUCCAGCUUUCAUACAAAUAAGAUGGGAAGGGUCCGAAAACAUCUAAAGGCGCAUAGUGAAGCACCUUAUGAUGCUGAAACUAACCAAAGACAGGAAGAAUACUAUCAAAUCAAAGAAACACAGUUCACAAUAUUUAAUAAAUUCUGUCCCGAUAUGUGCAAGUAUGCUCAACAAGGCAUUAGACAUAUCCACUGCAAACAUUGUGAAUGGAAAACUCAAAAGUUUGACAGUCGCUUGCUGGCACAUUUUAAGAGCCACCAUGAGCGACUUCUGCUACAGUACCAAAGCAGUCAGGAGCUUGGUUCACCUGUAACUACAAUGGCCAAUAUCCGAACAGUGAGUCCACUGCCAACAAUGGCAGUUCAAGAGGCUGUUCAGGUUGCAGAUGCCCAUGCUGCUAACCAUGAUGGCAGUAGUCUACCCCGCCCACCAAAAUUAAUGAAGAUGGACACACCUGAUGGGGAGCGUGCAGUAGCAGUGCACAUGCAGCAAAGUGGAUACAUGAACCGUGCUAAUAGUGAGGAAGAAGGAACAGAUGCCUCCAUGGCAGAAGGAGAGGUAUCUCAACACAGCAGCCGGUACAAAUGUAUGGUUUGUGGAGAGACACAAGGUCUCCGCUCUGCUUUGAUGAGGGAACAAAAAGGUCGGAAUGGGCCUGUAGAUUGGAGCAAAACAAAACAGCUAUUUGCUUAUCAUCGAACAAAAACAACUCAACCAGGAAUACAAUGGAUUUGUCAAAAGCAUAUUGAGGAGUUUGUAUAUUUUUCAAGAGCCUAUCUCAGCCUUUGGAGCACAGCUGGUGUCCAUCAGCAGUUGCCAGCACCGUCACACCAUCAUCAGCAGCCACAACAUCUACAACAACAGCAACAACAGCGUGCAUCACCUGAGAACGAAGGAGAAGUUAAUGAGAAUACCCUUGUUUCAGGUAUGCCAGUUUACUUGAUGUUAAAUGAGCACUUGAAUGAGCAGUUCAAAACGGAACCAGUGGAAUCAACAGAAGAAGAAAUCAUUAUACUCGGACCAAGGAUUAUCAAGCCAACUGAUUGUGAUGGGGGUAGGUGAACCCUAGUGCAGGUAAUUCACCACCAUUGAACCGGUUCAGCUUAUCAGGCUGUUUCUGGUACUGGUCAUUUUCUUGUCAUGUUUCUCUUAUUUUAUCUGAGACACAGAUGAAUUUAAACUCAUAUGUCGAAGCAAGUUGACUCUCAGUAACUGAAAGGGAUAGCUUCUUCAGAGUUUUUUUUUAAGUAGUAGACGAUAUCCCUUAGGUAAAAAUUUCAAGUUUAUUUUUAUGCUAGAAGCUUGUCCAUCUUCAAGUACCAGGAUUUUGAGACAUUAAAUUCAAGAGCAACUUCAUAUAUGCUGUAUUAGCUUGAAUUUUGUUUACAUUGCUCAGGACUACAUAAUUUUUUUAUAUCAACAAGUGGGAAUUUGAAAAACAAGUCAGAUCACAUCAUUAUUUUGGUCACAAGAGUUGCAUUCAUAAUCAAGACACAACUUAUAGAGUUCUAUUUUUGGAGUUUCUGUUUAUUCAGAUUUAGAUUGCUUUUUAUUAUUGACACUACACAUGUAUCUUGUCCUAUUGUUCUAUAAUAGAAGUUUCAAGACAAUAUAUCUACUAUGUUUGUCUUGACCUUUUAGAGAAAUAUUUUGCAUCUUGUAGCUAUCUUUUCCCUCAGUGUGAUAGUUACAGUCUUUACUGUAAAUAGUAGGAAAAGAUGAGUUUCUCAGCUCAUCAUAUUUCUGUUGUAGUUACUAAUGCAUAGUAUCAAAAAGAUAGAGGUGCUUUAUUGUAUUCUAUUAAUUUUUGUAAAACUUUUUGCUUUAAGAUUUUUGUUUGAUCUUACAACAAAUUCAAAACUUGUCUGCGGUGGGGAUCUUACAACAAAUUCAAAACUUGUCUGCAGUGGGGAGUGACUGCCUAGCAGUGAUGGGAUAGAGCUUCAUCAAAAUUGAUCCAAUGUUAUUUAAGUACUUAGGUAACCAAAUGUUGAAAACCAAAGAAAAAUGUGAUGAAGUUUUUGCUAUUUCAGCAGAUUGAACAUAAGACAGACUGGCUGAACUUCUGCCAUACUUAGGGAAUUUGGGGCUCUAAGCUAAGCAGAUGAGACCCUGUCCCCUGGUAUAAUUUUUCUGAUAUUGGAUUUCUAAUUGAUCAUUAUCAUCAUUUCAUGUUCCAUAAAGCUUGUGCCAAGUCAUUAUUUUGGUUUCAGAUGAAGAUCCCCCCCCCGUUUAAUCUAGACCUAAGUCAUUUUGUAUGUUGUUCCAAGCUAGUAAUUAAGCAUGUCUUAUCAAAAUAGCACAUUGCAUUUACAAAUAAUGGCCAGUAAAGUGCAAUGAGCAUUCAACAGUGAUUUCAAAGUGAUUGCUAGCUUUUGUGUAGUUUAUGUGACUUAGUACAUGUAUGUCCUCAUCUACCCCAUUCAGAUAAUAUAGGAUAUUCUGUAUUUUCAUUAUUUUAAUCAGAUGACUGAAACACAGCGUAGGCUUUUAAGAACUGAUGUAAAUUCACUGCAGCACGUUGUAUGUAUAUAAUUAUAGGUAGCUUUUCAUCUGGAGCUCACUGUAGAUGACCAUCUAUAAUAUAAAGUAGUUCUUCUGGAAUUGAGUUUCUUUUGAUUGA